AUGGCCAAGGUUGAUCAGAAGGUCGCCCUCAUCGUCAUCGAUGGCUGGGGUGUCUCCGGCCCCGACCCCAAGGCUGUCGGCGAUGCCAUCCACGCUGCGGAGACUCCCUACAUGUCCGGCUUCGCCGAGGCCGACUCCAAGACGGCCCAGGGCUACACCGAGUUGGACGCCUCGUCGCUGGCUGUCGGUCUGCCCGAAGGUCUCAUGGGUAACAGUGAAGUCGGUCACUUGAACAUUGGUGCUGGUCGUGUCGUCUGGCAGGACAGUGUUCGCAUUGACCAGACCCUCAAGAAAGGAGAGCUGAACAAGGUUGACAGCAUCGUUGCCUCCUUCAAGCGCGCUAAGGAGGGUAACGGCCGUCUGCACUUGCUGGGAUUGGUUUCUGAUGGUGGCGUUCACUCCAACAUCACCCACCUGAUUGGCCUGCUGAAGGUCGCCAAGGAGAUGGAAGUUCCCCAUGUCUUCAUCCACUUCUUCGGUGAUGGCCGUGACACCGACCCCAAGAGCGCGUCCAAGUACAUGCAGCAGCUUCUGGACCAGACCAAGGAGAUUGGCACUGGUGAGAUCGCCACGAUCGUGGGACGCUACUGGGCUAUGGACCGUGACAAGCGCUGGGACCGGGUUGAGCUCGCCAUGAAGGGUAUUGUUUCGGGAGAGGGUGAAGAGAGCUCCGACCCCGUCAAGAUCAUCGAGGAGCGCUACACGAAGGACGAGACCGAUGAGUUCUUGAAGCCCAUCAUCGUCGGCGGCAAGGAACGCCGUGUCCAGGAUGACGACACCCUGUUCUUCUUCAACUACCGUUCCGACCGUGUCCGUGAAAUCACCCAGCUGCUCGGUGACUACGACCGCUCUCCCAAGGCCGAGUUCCCCUACCCCAAGAACAUCCACAUCACCACCAUGACCCAGUACAAGACCGACUACACGUUCCCCGUUGCCUUCCCCCCUCAGCACAUGGGUAACGUGCUUGCCGAAUGGCUCGGCAAGAAGGAUGUCCAGCAGUGCCAUGUCGCUGAAACCGAGAAGUACGCUCACGUUACUUUCUUCUUCAACGGUGGUGUUGAGAAGCAGUUCCCUGGCGAAGUCCGUGACAUGAUCCCUUCGCCCAAGGUCGCUACCUACGAUCAGGACCCCAAGAUGAGUGCUGCGGGUGUCGGCAAGAAGAUGGCCGAGCGCAUCGCCGAGGGCAAGUUUGAGUUCGUCAUGAACAACUUCGCUCCCCCUGACAUGGUGGGCCACACCGGUGUCUAUGAGGCCGCUAUCCAGGGUGUUGCUGCUACCGACAAGGCCAUCGGUGAGGUCUACGAGGCGUGCAAGGCGAACAACUACGCUCUCUUCAUUACGGCGGACCACGGAAAUGCCGAAGAGAUGCUCAACGAGAAGGGCACCCCUAAGACCUCUCACACCACCAACAAGGUGCCUUUCAUCCUGGCUAACGCCCCCAAGGGCUGGAAGCUCAAGGGCGACGGUGUCCUCGGCGACGUGGCCCCCACUGUGCUUGCUGCCAUGGGUAUCGAGCAGCCCGAGGAGAUGACCGGACAGAGUCUCCUGGUCAAGGAAUAG